CAAAAAUUCACGAAAAAACACUGAUAACACUCUGCGCGUAAAAAUAUGCGUAAAAAUUUGUUUUGUUUUUUUUCUCACUUCAAUAGGUCAAUUGAUUCCCGCCAAAUUUGAUCACGAAUAACAACAUAACCUAAAAUCGUGUCAAUACAAUCCUUAUCACGUGAGAUUUUUGCUUUGUUUUCAAGUGAUAUUUCUGUUAAUUUCUUUGUGCACAACAUUAGUACUCAUAGUUUUUCUCUUGAUGUGUCUUUUGCCUUCACUUUGCGCUUGUUCGUUCUAAACUUUUCGAGGAGUGAGGUGGCCUAAGACUUUAGUGUCAGAAAUUGAAAUUCCAUUCCUGAUCAAGCGCUUUAUUUCCAACCAGUGAGUUUCCUGAUGUAGCGUAGGAAACUCCUGAUCCUUGAAUAGCCGCCCACCUUUAAUUCUCAUCACAAAACCAUCUGUUGUCAAAAUGGAUUAUGAUUAUGAACCAGACAUAGAUGCUCCUGACACACCACCAGAAACAGAGGAUCCUUCGGCGCUUGAUGAGGAUCCUGUGGCAAUUGAUGAUGAAGAACCUGAGUCUCCUCAAGAAAAUGACAGUGAAAUGCAAGUACAGGACUCUGCAGACUUGAACACAGAAGGUAACGAUGUAGGUCCAAAUUCAGAAGCUGAUGCACCCAUGAAAGCUGCCGAUAAAGUGGAAAAAAUAACUCAGCUUCCUUUAUCCAAAAUGAAGCAAAUCAUGAAACUGGAUCCUGAAGUCUCCCUCGUCAGUCAAGAGGCUGCAUUUUUAAUCACUAAGGCAACAGAAUUAUUCAUUAACUUCACUGCCAAAGAAUGUUAUUCAUUCACGCUUAGCAAAAAGAAAAAGACAGUUAUGAUUCAAGAUUUAAACAGUGCGGUUGAUUCCGAUGGUCCUUUAUUUUUUUUGCAAGGAUGUUUAGAAAACUAAUUUUGUAACUGUUUGCAAGUAAUUUCUCUUGUAUAUAACAACGUAGGUUUUUGGGAGAUUACAAUCAAGAGGGAAAUUUCAGCAUUUCUACGAAACAAAUUUUAUGAUAUGAUCACAAGAGAUCUGAUUUGAUAUUUGCAUACUGUAAAUGUUUUUUUCACCUACUGGAAAUUGUUAUUUUUUACUUUGUAGAUUCCUAAUUAAAAAUAAUGUUAGAUGUAGAGAAAAGUAAAAAGUCUGUAAUAUACCUAGUUUCAAUCCAUGUUCAAA